GUCUGCAUCGAUAAAAUCAAUUCCAUCCUGUAGUUCUAAUCCAGACACACUAUGGUUAAUUAAAUUCGUCACCAGCGUUGAACCUUCAAUUCAUUUCUAAAGUUUUACUGGCACCGGAUCGAUAUAGCAAAAAACUCACAGCGCGUACGUAAAGGGGCGUCGACUCAAAAAUGUCGAACCCGUUUAGUAGUUCAUCGGAUGAUCCAUCGGCAUCUAGUUCCGGGUUACAGCUGCUUGCCACCCCGGAUGAUUCAGAAAUCCUGGAGGGUUUCCUUUGUCCAAUUUGCAAGACAGACCUGAAAACGCCCGAACGACUUACAGCACAUGUCGAACAGGAGCAUUCCGAAGAGCAGGACCUCUUAAAAUCACUUAAGGAAAUGUUUAGUUUUGCAAAGAAGAAAAUACUCAACCUGGAUGAAACAGCAAAUGACUUGGCCCGUAGUUUAGAUGGUUCGUUGCAAGUCAUAGGUAAACAAGAGCGUCUAGUGGUGGCAAAUCCGAUUUUUAUGCCCGGGCAACCGGUUGGCACAGACUGCAACCAUAUGAGUUACUUUAGCGCCGUGCGGAAUCCCCGAUUGGAAAGAUACGCUUCGGAAACUAAUAAAUUAAUUAUUCGCUUAGAUAAACUGCUAGAUGGACUACCAGCCGAUCCGGAUGCACGGAAGCGUCAUGAGCAAAGCAAAGUUCCUUGGAUUGAUGGAAAGCUUGUCAAAUUGUGCCCAAGUUGCGCGAAAAGUUUCGGGUUAACCCGAAGACAGCAUCAUUGUCGCGUUUGUGGAUCGGUUAUGUGCGAUGGUUGUUCUUACCAUUUGUCGUUUGAUGAGGCUAGGAGCAUUGUUCAGCCCGUAAGCCCUGGUUCUAAAGUUACAGAUCAAUGCAACCAAACUGAAGAUUCAUCUAGGGAUCGUGAAUCUUUUGGUUUUCGAGUAUGCGAACAUUGUCUUCACCUGCUUAUGAAUCGGAAGGAAAUGCAAGAUUCGCGCUCUGAUCGGCGGGUUAUCACAAAGUUGUACGAAAAGCUGCUGCAAGAAAAAAAGGAAAUUGAACCGGACAUUCCUAUGUACUCCAAAAUCAUUUACAGUCUGUACGAGGGAGACGCCAUCUACCGUCUUUCGGAUGCCAGUGCACUGAGGGAGAAAAUUGGUCGAGCUGCUGAACGAAUCGAUAAUAUUAGUAAGGCUAUUUUAGCCAUUCCAUUCGUGCAAGGAAGCCGUGAAGAAGCGCUUAAAAAAUCUAUCCGGUUGUCAUGUAUUUCCUACAUCAAAGAGCAAAUGUUAUCGAUUCCACCGCUUCCCCUAGAGGAGGAUAUUAAAAAGAUUCAGCAGCGCAAAAAGCAAGAAACAGCCAAAAGGGUCGAACGAGAACGAAAAUUAGCGCUGGAGGCAUACGAAAAACAUGAACAGCACUCAGAGCCGUAUAACGGCAGUUCCAGUUCAAGCACAGCCUCUACGGCGGAAAUGACCAACGGACGGUACUACGGAGCGGCAACCAUCGUUAGUUCCUACGACAAUUGGAGCGGGUUUCAAGCAGCGAAUGUUGCAGUCUCGAGCAGUGCUGACCCACUGAUUGAUCAAAUCAACAUUGUCAAGGGCUACAUCCGACAAGCACGGGAGGCGCUACGCUUCGAAGAAGUGGAAACACUGGAGCGCAAUCUGAGCGAGCUGACGCAGGAGUUCUACGAAAGGCAACGUAGAGCAACCGGAUCAAGUUUUACUGAGGGCGAAACGUCUUCGACCUUCGGACAGCAGUCUAGUAAUUAAAAAAACAAGUUAUUAUUUUUGAACUACAGUUUUGCCUGGCAUUUGCAAUUCUUUAGUUCGUUAGAAUGUUUCUGCUAUAUUUCUAAUAACAGCAAUAAAGCUUUCGACUUCUACAAAACAGUCAAAUUCACGAUGUGAUAGUUUUCCAAUCGAACUCCACUUAUCGCAA